AUGCAUUUUUCGACAAUUUUCAUCCCCUUUGCCUUAGCUGCUCUAAAAGUAAGCGCUGCGCCAGCUAGAUUUUGCGUCUAUUACGACGGCCACCUUCCCGCGACACGUGUCCUGCUUAUGUACGUUAGAAUCGGCACUACAGCGACUAUUACGGCCCGUGGGCACGAAUUCGAAGUUGAAGCAAAAGACCAGAAUUGCAAAGUUAUUCUCACCAAUGGCAAACAAGCACCGGAUUGGCUUGCUGCCGAGCCUUACUAG